CUCUGCGUAAAAGAAGGAAGAAGAAAGACACCAAUUAAUUAACACAGAGACUAAAACGCCGCAAUGGGUGCUAAUUUUUCAAGUCUUGCUGCAUGUGUGAAGCUUCACCCGCUUCAUUGCUGCUCUAUUUAAUUCGUCGCUGAUACCAUAUACCACGCUCAAUUUCUUCACUUGUGCAGUUUUGCCUCUUCCUCUUUCUCAUCUUCAGGUCUGUAGAGUCAUGGCUAGGUGGCUGAUGCUGUUGUUUGCCCUCUCUCUCUGUGUACUCCCUGGACUGGUUAGUGCACGCCGAGCUAGGAGGCCUUUCCAUAUCCAAGGCCGUGUCUACUGUGACACUUGCCGCUGUGGAUUCGAGACCCCAAAAACAACUUACAUUCCUGGUGCGAGGGUCAGGAUCGAGUGCCAAGAUAGGGCAACUUUGCAGCUGAGAUACAGUGUAGAGGGAGUAACAGACUCAACUGGAACAUACAAAAUAAAGGUAGAGGAUGACCAUCUUGACGAGCUAUGCUAUGCUACUCUUGUUAGCAGUCCGGUGGCUAAUUGUAGGAGGGCGGAUCCAGGACGCAGUCGAUCCGAAGUUGUACUAACUCGCAACAAUGGUGCAAUUUCUAACCUGCAUUUCGCAAAUUCCUUGGGAUAUUUUAGAGAUGAACCUCUUUCUGGCUGUGCUGAAUUGGUCAAGCACCUCUUGGAAUCUGAAUAGAUUGAUUCAUUUGUUGCUGAUUUUGCACAAUUCCAUGGAGUCUUAGGCCCAGUUUCUGCUUUACUUCUGUCCCCUUGAUGUUUGAUUUAGCUGUCGUGUUAUGGUUCUUAUUGAUCUCUUAGAGUCUCUUAGCUCAGGAGACUAUGCAGUGUCGCAAAAUUGUUGUUCACAGCCGGCAAAUUUUGGGAUAAAAAUUGAUUCCAUGUAUCCUAUGUCUGUUAUUUCAGUUAAAAUCAAAUGCAUUUAAUAAAAUUGUAAGAGAUUAUAUAUC